AUGAGAAAUGAUACAGUAACAACAUUCAUCCUGCUGGGACUGACAGAAGACCCCCAACUGCAAGUUUUGGUUUUUAUCUUUCUCUUUCUCUUCUACUUGCUGAGCAUAACUGGGAACCUGACUAUCAUCUCUCUCAUCUUCUUGGAUUCCCACCUUAAAACAGCCAUGUACUAUUUCCUACAAAAUUUCUCAUUCUUGGAGAUCUCAUUCACAUCUUCUUGUAUUCCCAGAUACUUGUAUAACAUAGCAACAGGUGACAAGGUCAUUACCUACAAUGCCUGUGUCAGCCAAGUGUUUUUCACUCAUCUCUUUGGUGUAACCGAAUUUUUUCUCCUGGCUACCAUGUCCUAUGACCGCUAUGUGGCCAUCUGCAAACCCUUGCAUUAUGGAACCAUCAUGAAUAACACAGCCUGCAGAAGACUUGUCUUUUCUUCUUGGGUAGCUGCUCUAUUUAUUAUAACCCCCCCGCUUAGCCUAGGCUUAACUCUGGAAUUUUGUGGUUCUAAUACCAUUGAGCACUUUAUCUGUGAUGCAUCUCCCCUCUUGAAAAUCUCUUGUUCAGAUACUUGGUUCAUGGAACAGACCGUUAUAAUCUCUGCUGUGCUGGCCCUCCUUAUGACACUUACAUGUGUAGUUCUGUCCUACAUUUACAUCAUCCAGACAAUUUUAGGAUUCCCUUCUGCUCAGCAAAAGAAAAAAGCCUUUUCUACGUGUUCUUCCCACAUAAUUGUGGUUUCCAUCACCUAUGGCACCUGUAUCUUCAUCUAUAUCAAAUCUUCUCCGGAAGAAUCAGUGGCCAUUAACAAGGGCGUGUCAGUGCUCACUACUUCCAUUGCGCCAGUACUGAACCCUUUCAUUUACACACUGAGGAACAAGCAAGUCAAGCAAGCCUUCAAUAACUCAAUCAAAAGGAUGAUAUCUUCCAGAAAUAAGAGAAUGUGA